UAGGAGGAGGAGGAGGAGGAGGAGGAGGAGAUGCAGGGCUAAAGAGAGGGUGCAGGAGGAAUCCUCAUUGAGGGCUGCACCAAAGGUUUCUGCAGCAGUCGGGUCCCCCGCCCUGCUAUGCGUGCUAUAUAGCGGAACGUGCUACCUAAUCGCUCACCUAGCCGCUAAUUCCCUACCGGGAGUCAUCACUCUAUGUUACCAUGAAAGAGCUUAAAUGUUACGAGGAGACCGAGGAGUCCAAGGCCGAGCCGCCCAACGGCCUGGACAGCCGGCCCCUGGACAUAGUGCCCGGCACCGACGACAAGAUGAUGGAGCGAGGCCAGUGGGGCAACAAGAUCGAGUUUGUCCUGUCGGUGGCCGGCGAGAUCAUAGGCCUGGGCAACGUGUGGCGCUUCCCUUACCUGUGCUACAAGAACGGAGGAGGUGCCUUCUUCAUCCCGUACCUUAUCUUCCUGUUUGCGUGUGGAAUCCCUGUGUUCUUCCUGGAGACUGCUCUGGGCCAGUACACCAGCCAAGGAGGCAUCACAUGCUGGAGGAUGAUCUGCCCACUGUUUGAAGGGGUUGGCUUCGCUACGCAGGUGAUCGUGGCCCUGCUGAACGUCUACUACAUCGUAGUGCUCGCGUGGGCUAUCUUCUACCUCUCCAACUCCUUCACCUGGGACCUACCCUGGGCCUCCUGCAACAACACAUGGAACACAGAUUCCUGUAUGGAGUUCCAGAGGGGCAACAGUUCUAUCAAUCAGCGUCUCAACGCCACCUCCCCUGUCAUUGAAUUUUGGGAGCGGCGGGUCCUCCGCAUAUCUUCAGGGAUCGAUCAGAUUGGCUCUCUGAACACAGACCUGGUUAUCUGUCUGGCGGUGGCCUGGGUCGUCUGCUACUUCUGCAUAUGGAAGGGCGUCAAGUCCACUGGCAAGGUGGUGUACUUCACAGCCACCUUCCCCUACAUCAUGCUGGUGGUACUGCUCAUCAGGGGGGUCACCCUUCCAGGGGCCUACCUGGGCAUCCAGUUCUACCUCUACCCCGACCUGGGCCGGCUCAGCGACCCUCAGGUGUGGAUGGAUGCUGGCACUCAGAUAUUCUUCUCCUAUGCCAUCUGUCUGGGCUGCCUCACCGCCCUGGGAAGCUACAACAAGUACAACAACAACUGCUACAGGGAUUGCCUGUCGCUGUGCUUCCUGAACAGUGGCACGAGCUUCAUAGCCGGCUUCGCUAUAUUCUCCAUCCUGGGCUUCAUGGCCUUCGAACAGAACGUACCCAUCUCAGAAGUGGCAGAAUCUGGUCCCGGCCUGGCCUUCAUAGCCUACCCGCGGGCGGUGUCCAUGAUGCCGUUCUCCCCGCUGUGGGCCUGCUGCUUCUUCAUCAUGAUAUGCUUUCUGGGACUAGACAGCCAGUUUGUGUGUGUGGAGAGCCUGGUGACGUCCAUGGUGGACAUGUAUCCUUCCACCUUCCGCCGCAAGAACCGCCGGGAGCUCUUUAUCCUGCUGAUCGCCGUCAUCUCCUUCCUGCUGGGUCUCAUCAUGCUCACAGAGGGAGGCAUGUACAUCUUCCAGCUCUUUGACUACUAUGCAGCCAGUGGCAUGUGCUUGCUCUUCGUUGCCGUUUUCGAGACAGUUUGCAUCGCUUGGAUUUAUGGAGCCGACCGUUUCUAUGACAACAUCGAGGACAUGAUCGGAUACCGACCAGGCCCUGUGAUUAAAUACUGCUGGCUUUUCUUCACACCUGCUACAUGCCUCGGGACCUUUGCCUUCUCACUGAUCAAGUACACUCCGCUCAAGUACAACAACGAGUACACCUACCCCUGGUGGGGCUACGGUCUGGGCUGGAUCCUGGCCUUGUCCUCCAUGAUGUGCAUCCCUCUGUUUGCGGCGGUGAAGAUCUACUACACCCCAGGGACGCUGAAAGAGCGGCUCACCUUCCUCUGCACCCCCUCCCUCGACUUGCCCAAGUCCAAGCUGGAGCAGGAGAAACUGCUCGCCAUCUUCGCGGCCGACGGAGACAGCUUGUGUCAGAAGGCUCCGCCCACGAAGGACGGCUACUUCCCCGUGGAUGAGAAGGAGUCCCACUGCUAGAGCUCACAGACAUCGGGGCUUCUCUAGGAUGACCGGUGUUCAUUGGUGACGAUGGAAAAACGGGGAGCACAGAGGAACAGCAGCAGCCGGUCUCAUCCGAUCUCAUCCGGUCUUAUCCGACCCGACAACGUAGCAAUGCUCUGGCUGCUUGCUCCUGCUUCUUCAGAACCCGUCUCCGUGGCAGCGGUGAGGGGCUAUCGGGCUUCCCCCUCGGCCUACCAUAUACACCUCACCCAUGAUGGAUCUGGCCAAUAUGGGUGGUUAACACAUGCACAUUCACACAAGCACAAACAAGCGAACAGACAAACAAACACACAGACACACAGACACAGACAAACACACACACACCCACACACACACACACACACACACACACACACACACACACACAC